AGGUUGCCACACACACCACACAAUCACAAAAUGGUCAAACGUCUUCGUCCUCCCUCGCUCACAACUGACCUACUAUAAGGCAUAAGCUGUACAUGUAGCUUCGGCUGAUCGGCGCGCACAGAUCGACCAAGCGUCGGCGAUAAGCCCCAACCCCAACGGCCGGCCGAUGUGUCGUCUCCUGCUGCUCCUGCUCCUCCUCGCCGCCGCGGUGCCGGCCAAUGCGUCCGCCGCCGCCGCCGAGCCUCCCCCGGCGUCGGCGAUGGCCCCGUGGCCGGAGCAGUACCACGCGGUGGUCCUCACCAACCUGACCGCGCGCGGCGGGCGGCUGCAGGUGAUCGAUAUCUACUACGACUGGCCCCGCGGGCGCGACCUCAACCUCGUCCGCCUCCAGCUCCCCGGUGCCGGCGAGCCGCCGCUAUGGAACGUCGAGUGGGCCAACGGCACCUCCUACCUCUUCGACGCCGCGUCCUGCCAGACCUACACCUUCGCCGUCGGCCUCCUGCCGCCCGACUGGAAGAAGGCCGGCGGCGGCGCCGCCUACCUGGGCCGCGCGCGCGUCGACGGCUUCGACUGCCACGUCUGGUCCAACUUCGUCUUCGCCCGCUACUACGAGGACGUCGCCACCGGCCGCCCCGUCGCCUGGAAUUUUGGGAUGGAUUUGCGGCAUGUGCUGAGCUUCGAGCCGGGGGGUGUGCUGGAGGACUCGUCCAUGUGGCAGGCGCCGGCUUACUGCUUCGAUGGCAGCAGUAAUGGCGACGACGGCGACGCCGCUGGUGGAGUUGAGGCGGCCAGGGCAGCAGGGCCGAUCUAGUGAACAGCAUGAUCAGGUUCGCCAGGCCUCCGGCCGCAGCUGCAGCAUCUGCAUCGUUUGAUCACAGUGAGACCUCGAGGUCUUGAGCCUUGGUGAUUGACUGAAGAGAGACUUUCUGUGGUGACACACCUAUCUGAAGGAGAAUGCCAAGAAGUCUUCUUGUCCAAAUCUAUCUAUUAUCUUAAUACAACAGUGUUAAAAAAGCCA